GCUCCUGAAACGCGUAAAACUGUAUUUUCUCAGUGAAUUGAACGCCCUCACCUCUGUGGGAGAAAUUAGAUUUGGUCGACUUAGCGCAAAGUUGGCUCGUGAAACUCGCUUUGAAUAACUUGGGUUGGCCAUUUUUUGCAGCGUCGGCAGUAAAACCACGUCAUUCUGUCAAACAACUCCCCCUUUUUCCUCCCUGUUGGACCAACAUCCAGAGUUUAGGAGCAGCUGGAUAAAGAUUCUGGGUCAGAGGCGCAGUCAUGAUGACCGGAUUUCGGCUGAACUUGUCGCCGCUGAAGGAGCCUCUCGGCUUCGUCAAACUGGUGGAGUGGCUCACGGCCAUAUUUGCGUUUGGAAGCUGUGGCGGAUUCUCGGGGAGGAACGUCGUAUCUCUCCUCUGCGGCGACGGCAGCAAUGAAACUCUCAACGCCAACUUUCACUACCCAUUUAGGUUAAGCCAGGUCCCCCUUGUUGAGGGAAACACCACUAUUUGUAACCACUCUGUCACAACGACACACAUGGUGGGAGACUCGGCCUCCUCGGCGGAGUUCUUCGUGGGCAUCGGCAUCGUCUGCUUCCUGUACAGCAUGGCGGCUCUGCUGGUGUAUUUAGGCUACAUGCACGUCUACAAGGACUCUGACUUUGGACCCAUUUUUGACUUUGUGGUCACAGCGAUCCUGGUCUUCCUGUGGCUGGUGUGUUCGUCCGCCUGGGCGAAGGGCCUGCAGAAUGUGAAGGACGCCACAGACACCGAAGGCAUCGGCGCCACGCUGGCACUCUGCAAGGGGAGGAACAUCACCUGCGAGGUCACAGAGUUCGCCAACAUGCGGACCCUCAACAUCUCUGUGGUGUUUGGCUACCUCAACAUGUUUGUGUGGGCGGGAAACGCCUGGUUUGUGUACAAGGAGACGCGCUGGCACUCCCAGAAGUUCUCCUCUCAGCCCGGACCUGGAAGGCAGCAGGUCCCCGCGCCCAUCUAACGUUCAGCACGCUACAAAGCGACACGAACACACAGUCACACGCACGUACUGACAGAUACAGAAAUCCACAUGUACGCACCACAUAUAGGACAGACACAGCACGUACACCCCAUGCAAUGACGACGUCAUGACAAAAAAUAAACCUCUGUGAAGAUGAUGAAGAUAAAAAUGACUGGUGGUCAUUUUAAAACCUGAUGGAUUUGGGUGAAUAUUGCAUUUAGGCCCUUAGACAUGCAGUAGGAGCUGUCUAGGUUGCACACACAGCUGAAUUGGAAUUUUGUAACCCAAAAUGACUUAAUUUCUUGGCACUCUUGACCUGAGAACACCAAAAUCCAAAAGAUUUCCUCUGCAGCGGCAAAAGGAGAAAGUUUUACGUGUAGAUUAGCCUUUGUUAUUUUUGCAUUUUUUACAUGUUUCAUAUACUAUAGCAACACCAAUGCAAGCAGUGUGUCAAAUCCUUCUAAACGUGCCUUCUCUUAUGCCUUAGUAAGCAGAUACAUGCUCAAUGACCAAACAGGCCUUUUAAACCUGAGCUUUAUUGCAGCAUUCAGGCAUAUGUGUCUGAUCCAAUUUUAGGAUACUGGCUGAAUUUAUUAUGCUUAAUUAUAUACUGAUGAAUGUAAGGUACUUUGAACUCCUCUCUUUGUCUAUGACAUAAAAUAACCACAAGGUUUAAUUUUACAACAUGUGCAGCAAUAGGGAUAAUGUGAUAGAGGUUGUCAGGGUAACGGAGAGGGUGAGACAGAUGUCAGCGGUGCACUUGGAAGCAAAAUACUCCGAGUUGCCAAAUUUCAGACUUACAUUCAUUAUAAUUUAUUCAUGUAUAACAUUUUGAAUGAAUUUGAUGUUGGUCUUGAAAUGAAGCCAUGCAUAUUUUGUAUAUUUUUACAUUCAAAAGCACCCUCCCUGUCUCAAAAAGUGACUCACUCAAACAUUCAUUCAUUCUCUCGUUCUUGUUACCCCACAAGCCCUCUACUGGUGGCUAGCAGGUAUUGCAACAUCAAUACAAAUCAGCAAAACUGGUGUGGAGAUGUCCUGUUUUUGUGAAGUGCCUGGUGAGGUGAACCCAUAUGAAAUUCUUGAUCCUGCAUUACCUGCAUAUGCCUGUUUUUUGACUCUUUCUGAAGACACUAAAAUGGCCUCUCACCCAAAUAUCAGGGAGGUAGUUUGUACAUUCAGUGCGUGAUCGCGAAAUGCACAGUGCACUCAUAAGAUGGUGCCUAACACGCUGUCCUUAAAAGCACUGCGAGAGUGUGAAUCCGUGAGGAAUACUUGAUUGAGAGUUGGCUGUCUGUGCAGGAAAAUCUCGGUGUGUGAGCGCAGCCAAAGUUUAUAGUCUUUCUGAAGGCUUUGAUUUAUUUAGUCUCUGCUUAGGUACCAGCUGAAAUCCUUCCUUGAUUGUGCCUUUAUAAAAAACUGUUUGUUGUUAUCAUUAUGAAUGUAAUAGUGAGUUCCUCUUUACUUAAUUUUAAUGUUCAUUCAUCACUUUUUUUUUGCAUCACUGUUAAACAAAUCUGCCAAAGCACUAUUUUUCCUUUCUGUUCCAACUUAUUCUAUAUCUCCAUGUGAUGAUAAAUCGUUUAUUGGUGUCUGACCCCUCUUGUUUUUUUGAUUGUUUAGUUUUUUUUUAAAUCCUUUUAUAAGACACCAAAACAGUGAGCAGGUGUUGUGUUUUAUAAACCGUGUUACUUUUCUUGUCUUCCUUCUCAUUUUCAGCAUGUGUCAAUGAUUAUUUGAAGGAAUUUCUCCUUUUUUUUGUCUUUUGCCUUUUGAUAUAGGACAAAUGUAAGUGGAAUGAUGUAAAUUGAAACAGCGUGAAACAACAAAUGUGUUUGGUGUACUGGAUAUACCUCUGCACUCCUGUAACCAUCAUCCAAGUAGCUAUAGCUUUGUCAUUGAUUCCUAUGCAUUUAACCUGCCAAACUGUCAUAUUCGAGAGACACAAUUCCAAUGUGCCUUUAUUUUUUGUUUUUUUCAAUAAAAUGAAUAAUUUUUUUUCAUUAAUCUCUUC